GAGUUGUACAAUCGUUACCACAUCAAUUUUAGAACAUUUUUUUUCUUCCUUGUACUCAUUGUUAUUUGUGUCUGCUGCAGUUUUAUAUUUAUUCCAUAGAAGUACAGUUUGAGACAGUAGGAACUGAAAGAAAACAUAGAGGGUGGGCAGGUAAUUUUCCUGUCUUUGGUAGGAAAAGAACAUACUCUUUGAAAUCUGUAGGUCUGUUUAUUCUCUCUAGCUUUCAAAGAAAGGCUCAUAGCUUCUACUACUAAUCCAUGCCAGACUCAACAAUACUUACCGCUGGGCAAGUCUUUCUUAGAGUGUCCUCUUCUGUAUCACCAGGGCUCCACUAUGUGCUGCACUUCCAGUUUGGGGAGCUUCUCUUUGCCACACAGAGGCUAGAUGAGAAGAGGCAGUCGGGUUUUAACAAUGACCACCACCCUGGAGCACGCGAGCAGAGUCAGGGCCCAGGUUGAUGCUCCCCGAUGGGAUGCUCCAUUAGGACUUAGCAAUGCUGGCAUAAUAGUCCAUCUUCCACACUUCCAAACAAGUCAUCCACUGUGCUGUCAUCACUACAUAGAGGCUCUGUUUCCCAUCCUGUUUUCAUUACAGAUGCUAAAGAGUUUUGAGACAUUUCCUGUCUCACAGGGAUAUCAUGCCUUUGUCACCUCUAGGUGAAAUAACUUCUUGAAAAAACAUCUGGAGGCUUCCAUGGGUGCAGACUGCAGUAUUUGAUUUCCUGUGGGAAUGUGACAUGUGAGCUGCCACACUCUCUGGCUUCCUUUUAUUUCCUUUGACAAUUCAUGGGGAUUAUGCCUCUGAGCCACCGUACUUCUAACAUUGGUUGCCUUGGUUGUGCUUCCUCUCCUUUCCUGUGGCCUUCAUCACUAGCAUUUCUUUACCAGUUUUCUGGACUUCACAGACAGAUUUAGAGUGGAAUUCUCUAAUCCUCUGAAGGAGUUCCCUCUCACUUAAACUCCUUGGUACCUUGACAUUGUGCUACUAGAGAAUUUAUUCAUUUAUUUCUUUCAGUCAUUAGUUGAAUUAUUUGCAACUGGUGAAUUUUAUAUGCUUGAGGGCUAUUGUAUAAAGUCUUUCCAUCUCUUAAUGAUAAACAGUUUCUGAGCAAAAUUCUAUGUGCUAGCAGUGAUCCUUUUUCAUUAUAGGUCAGCACCUUGCAAGGAGGUAGUAACACAUCCAGUCGCGAAACUGGGCAAGGCCAGAGCUCUGGGAUCAGGGAAACAUGUCCCGCCGGAAACAGACAAAUCCAAAUAAAGUUCACUGGGAUCAAGUAUUUGCUGGGCUAGAAGAGCAAGCCCGCCAGGCGAUGAUGAAAACUGAUUUUCCUGGAGACGUUGGCAGUCAGCGACAAGCUAUCCACCAACUAAGAGCCCAGGACUCCAGCAGCAGUGAGUUCUGCACCCUCUGUCAGGCCCAGGAGGAGGGGAUCUCGGUGGGGUUGGGGAAGGACCAAAGUCUGGCAGCUGCCCUAGGCUUGGCUUCCUCUUGUGGUCUUCAAGGUGACAGUGAGGGUGAUGAAGAGGAGACCACACAAGAUGAAGUCUCUUCCCACACAUCAGAGGAAGAUGGAGGGGUGGUCAAAGUCGAAAAGGAGUUAGAAAAUGCAGAGCAGCCUGUUGGUGGGAACCAAGUGGUAGAGCAUGAGGUAACAGAGAAUUUGAAUACUGACCCUUUGCUUGAACUCUGCCAGUGUCCCCUCUGCCAGCUAGACUGUGGGAGUCGGGAGCAGCUGAUUGCUCAUGUGUAUCAGCACACUGCAGCAGUGGUGAGCGCCAAGAGCUACAUGUGUCCUGUCUGUGGCCGGGCCCUUAGCUCCCCGGGGUCACUGGGCCGCCACCUCCUAAUCCACUCCGAGGACCAGAGGUCUAACUGUGCUGUGUGCGGAGCUCGUUUCACCAGCCAUGCCACCUUUAACAGUGAGAAACUUCCUGAAGUACUUAAUAUGGGAUCCCUGCCCCCGCCCCACAGUGAGGGCCCCUCCAAUGCAGAGGGGAAGGACAUCGCCUUUAAUCCUGUGGUAUACCCUGCCGGAAUUCUGCUCGUGUGCAACAACUGUGCUGCCUACCGCAAGCUCCUGGAAGCUCAGGCCCCCACCGUACGUAAGUGGGCACUCCGGCGACAGAAUGAACCUUUGGAGGUCCGGCUGCAGCGGCUGGAGCGAGAACGGACAGCCAAGAAGAGCCGGAGGGACAAUGAGACCCCUGAGGAGCGGGAGGUGAGGCGCAUGAGGGACAGAGAAGCCAAGCGCCUGCAGCGCCUGCAGGAGACAGAUGAGCAGCGGGCCCGCCGACUGCAGCGGGACCGCGAGGCCAUGAGGCUGAAGCGCGCCAAUGAGACCCCAGAGAAGAGGCAGGCCCGGCUCAUCCGGGAACGGGAGGCCAAGCGGCUCAAGAGGCGCCUGGAGAAAAUGGACAUGAUGUUGCGAGCUCAGUUUGGCCAGGACCCUUCUGCCAUGGCAGCCUUGGCAGCUGAAAUGAACUUCUUCCAACUGCCUGUGAGUGGGGUGGAGUUGGACAGCCAACUCCUGGGCAAGAUGGCCUUUGAAGAGCAGAACAGCAGCUCCCUGCACUGAACUGCACCUCCAUGACCGCCCACCCACUCAGGUCCACUGGGUCCAGUGCUGCGCCACUCACCGGCCCUGUCCUCAUGGCCAGAGGCCAGCCCGGGUUUCCUGCAGGAGGACCCAUGCCUCCCUUGCAUGUGGGAGCACGGUGACGGGAUCAGGUGGGACCCACUCAAAGCAGCUCUGGGAAAGGAGAUAGGCACUCUGGGGCACCAGGCUCCCCAGCCCACACCUGUGGGGCAUGCUGAUAGAACUGUGGGACCCUGGGAUGGCCCACAAAGUUGUGAGGACAAAUAAAUUAACUUUAUCUUUA